AUGUUCCAACAGCAUAGAUCUUUAGUCGAGUGUGCGCAGAGAAUCUUAACCGCCGCGAAAGAGAUAGAGCAGAGAGACAGCAACUCGGACCUUGUAACACAGUCUCGUAGAGCUAUCGCAGAAGCUACGCAGGAGUUACAGAACAUCGUUCUCACACCAUCAGAACUCCUCGAGCACCAUCAAAUCAACUACCAAAACCUUUCCUGCUUGCGAUGGCUCAUUCGCUUCAACAUUUUCAACCUCGUCUCCGCUGACGGGUCGCCAAUGCCGUACUCAGAACUUGCCAUGCUUGCGGGCGUUCCCCUUGCGCGCCUACAAUCCGUCGCGCGCAUGGCGAUGACCAGCGGUCUCUUUGUUGAACCAUCACCGGGCCUCAUUUCCCACAGCGCAUUGUCGGCACCCUUCGCGACGGACGAAUCACUUCGCGAUUGGGCGCGCUUCAUGACAACGUACAGUGCCCCGAUGGCCAGCGGCAUGGCCGAGGCAACGGUGCGGUGGGGCGAAACAUAUGCGAAGCAUCAGACUGCCUUCAACGUCUCGUUUGAUACGGAAUUGCCGUGGUUCGACUACGUCAAAGCGACACCAGGACUGCCUGAAGAGUUUGCAGGCUACAUGCGCGCCAUGGGGCACAGCACGAGCGGACGGCUGCAGCACCUGGUCGAAGGAUUCGACUGGGCGUCUUUGGGUCGUCAUGCAGUGGUCGUUGAUGUUGGCGGGUCCACGGGCCAGGCGUCUAUUGCACUGGCUGAAGCAUUCCCAGACUUGCAGCUUGUGGUGCAGGACCUGCCUGAAGUGGUCGCUGUAGGAGCGGGGAUGCGCAGGAAUGUGGGUGUCAAUAAGGGUUCGGAGUCCGAAGUUACUGCAAGGAUUGAGUUCGAGGCGCAUGACUUCUUUGAUCCGCAACCAGUAGUCACGGGUGCGGCAGCACCUGCGGUUUAUCUGCUGAGGAAAAUAUUGCACGAUUGGCCGUUUGAGCGCGCAAGAGUCAUUUGCCAGCAUCUUGCUGAUGCUUUGCUCGCGAACCGGAACCCUGAUGCUAUGGUUGUCAUCAUGGACACGAUUCUACCGCCGCCUGGCACUGUUGGACAUUUGCAAGAAGCUGGACUACGUGUGCGUGAUCUGACUAUGGCGCAGUGCUUCAACAGCAAAGAAAGGGAGCUAUUGGAGUGGGAAGAGCUUCUGGGAAGCACGUCUCCGCCAUUGAUCAUCAAGUCGUGGAAACAGCCAUUGGGUAGUGCUAUGGCUGUCAUGACAGCUGCGAUCAAGCCAUUUUGA